GACACUGACAGUCAUGAGCUCUCAAGGAACAGCACGACAAUUGUUUUCUUGUAGUUAUGUUUGCUUCAUCGCUCGUCAGGAUCGCAGAUUAACACCGCAACCGCAGCCCCGCUCGCAUGCACUUGCACGUUCCCUCGACAGGUCUAGGAAAUCAUUGUCCUUGCAAAAUGCGGAUGUUGUAAUACGUGAACUGUCUUCGACGCGCGCAUCGUUGAGUCGAGCACGUCGUGGAUAUGCAGAGAUGUGCUCAGGAAGGCAUUCCAUCACGUCUGGACAUGAUCUUCAGGGUAAGACGGUCGUUAUUGUCGGACUUGGGAACUCAGGUCGGUCGGCUGCACGGCUCGCCUUCGUGCGGGGAGCUACCGUUAUAGGCGUCGACCAUAAUUGUAGUUGCAAACAACUAAACGUCGUUGAAGAUAUUGAGAGAUAUUUGAAUUUUGGAAGAAAUGACUUUGCCAAGACUGCUGAAGUUGACAGGUGCUUGUCUGUCGGUAGUUUCCUGCGUACAGAGCUGGGCGACUUCAAGGAAGCCACAUUUCAAAUUGCGGAUAUCAUAGUGCUCUCCCCUGGAGUGCCGCUGACACAGCCACAAGUGGCAGCAGCUUUAUGUCAAACGAAACAAGGUUCAAAAUGCACCGUAAUUUCUGAACUUGCCUUUGCCUCGCAGUGUCUUCCAAAAAUGCUGCCCAUAGUUGCGAUCUCUGGAACCAACGGAAAGUCAACGGUUUGUUCGUUCACAGCACAGCUGUUGGCGUCGUGUGACUGCCGCACAUUCAUGGGUGGUAAUAUUGGAAAACCACUUAGUGACUGUGCUUUGGAAUUCAUCUUAGCCGAGCAUAUUUGUGGCCAUCUUGCUGAUCUCGGCCAUCAUUGGCCUUAUGACGCUGCCGUCGUCGAAUGCAGCAGCUAUCAGCUCGACCACCCGGGCACGUUGCGCUUUGAUGCUGCCUGUAUUCUCAACCUUACGCCCGAUCACUUAGAGAGACACAAAUCCAUGGCGAACUAUGCAACAGCAAAGACACAGAUAUUUGCUGGCCUGAGGGGUACUCACACACUAGCAGUGCUUCCCAAGAGAGAAAGUGCAAGAGGGCGUCAUCAGAGCUAUCAGGUAGAAAGUGACUCUACGACAGACCAUAUAGUAGACUUGGAUUACGAUGGAGCGACCUUGUUAGAAAAAUGUCGAGAAGCAGUUAUUAAGACACUUAUGCGCCGAGUUUCCGAAACACCGAACGAGAGAGUUGCGUGUAUUGGAGGUAGAUUGGCUCACAUAGGUAGUUUACCAGGUGUGAAAGUUGACCUGAAUACAAAGAUUGCUAUAGUGCACUUGCCGUCUAACAGAAGUUCUUCUAGACAGAAUUCACCUAGUUAUGUAGAUCUUUCUGCGGUAUCUUCUCUGGGGACUCACAACAUCCUGAAUGCAAGCAUUGCACUACUCAUGGCUCACUCGUUGAGCCCAAAGGAUUUCACAGUUGCACGGCUCAAAGUAGGACUUGAUAGGCUAAAGCUUCUGCCUCAUCGUAUGCAACUUGUGGCACAGACAGGGAAUCCUUCCUUCAGGGGUAUCCAUUGGGUGAACGAUAGCAAAGCAACGAAUAUAGAGGCCGCAAUAGUAGGGCUACAAAGUUAUGGACGACGCGCCCUUGCAAAAACUGGAACUGCUUCCAACGAACUUGGUUUUGCUGCACUUGUCCCUGCACUGCUGAAACAUCAAGGCGUAAUAACUUUUGGAGAAUCAGGAUCAUUAAUAGCUAAUGAACUUCGAGAAGCUGGCAUCAACCCGAAGGCAGAGGUCAGUCAACUGAGUGACGCUGUUACCCUGGCUCGAGCAGUUGUCAGGCGAGGUGGAGCCGUGAUACUUAGCCCGGCCUGUGCGAGUUUUGAUGAGUUUGACAGUUUCGCACAGCGCGGAGAAGUCUUCACACAUCUCGUUCUUAGAGGCAACACUUCGAAAGCAUAAAUAGGUGUAGAGCAGUAUGCAUGCAUUUUAUUACAGGUCAUGCAUGCUAGGUUGAAAUAUUUCCUCUUGAUUCUGUCCUUUCCAGCUGUUCAAGGCAGAAGAUCGAGUGACUAUAAAGGACUUUCCAGGAAUUAACUUGAGACUCUCGCUGGAUCAUUCUGAUGCCAGGAAUCUUACGGCGUAACUCCCUAACGAUAACGUCUGAGAGACAGUUGCUGGUUGCGCUUCCAGGUUCCUCGCUUGGAGGGGCGCGACUUGUUGUAGUUGUGUCCCUAAAUGAGGACAAAAGUUCAUAUUUUCAUUUUCGUAAGAAACGAAAGAAUGGUGUGAGAGAAAAAAUGCUCUGUUUAUUGUUUACCUUUCCUUGAAGUCCUCGGUACUUCCGACCAGCUGAUGUCAGACCACGCAACUCACGGUGUUUCUCAAGAAAGGGACUCGAAUACAAAGAUUUGAAAGGUGUGACGCGAUAUUCAGUUUGCACAAGACAGGCACUCGGAUUUUUCGCGUUGUGGUAUCCUUACAUGGACGGGGGCGCAUAUCCAGUUGAUGCGGGGAUCACCUCGAAUGACUUUGUGCAUUGGAUCGACCAUGAUUACUUCAUAGUACUUAUACACAGAAUCCUGAGAAAAAAUAUU